GAUCAGAUCCGAAAAGUUCUCCCCACCGCUACUUCGGGCUGAUGAUUAUGACAAUUCCGACAGCAUGUGAAGGCAGCGCCUCCCUCCACAGGUUCCUCUCAUCACCGAGCAGCGUUUCAUUCAGGAGCACACUGACUGAGGUGCAGGCGGGCUACGGACAGUCUGAGAGUCUAACAUGGACUUCAAUGUGACGACAGACUUUAAGCUAGGCCACAUUAGGAAUUAAGUUGGCGUUUUUAUUCAGACGAGCGGCACUUUUUAACUUGACAAGUAUCAUUGCGCCAAACUUUCUCUGCGCUGUGAAAAUGCGUUACGAGCUGAGAGGAAGGAUGACGAUGACCCUGACCAAGACAGUUUAUCUGCUCACAGGACUGGUCAUUGUUUUCCAGUUACAGAUAAGCGUCAUCAAGCUUAAACCUGUACAUGGAGUCUACCCUACAGACACACAGGGGCCGUCUCUGCCAGAGGGAAGGUCGUAUGCAGUCGCGGGAAGCAACAAGCCCUGGGAAAGGAGCCCCAAGUCUGGGGCCCAUGGCUGGACUGCAGAUAGGAGGGGCCACUACAGAAACCAGCACCAACCAGAGGAGUCAGAUGCAGACCUGCUGAUGGAGGAGGGACACGACAGUGCUACACAGAUUGUAGACAUUGAUCACGCCUACUAUACAUCUAAAAUCCACGGGUCUGGAGACGCAGCCGGUAAAGAGCUGUGGGUGAAUGUCGAUGAGAUGGAAGAGGAUGAGUGGAAGGUCUCUGGCUUCCUGUCCAGCACCCACAGACAAGCUGAGAGAGUGAAUUUGUCCUUCGACUUCCCUUUCUAUGGUCAUAUACUAAAAGAAAUCACAGUGGCAACUGGAGGUUUCAUUUACACCGGAGAUAUAAUCCACCAGAUGCUCACAGCUACUCAGUACAUCGCCCCUCUGAUGGCCAAUUUUGACCCAAGUCUGUCCAAAAACUCCACUGUGUUUUACUUUGAUAACGGCACUGCACUGGUGGUUCAGUGGAACCGGAUUCACCUCCAGGACAAUAUCAGUCUGGGGACUUUCACCUUCCAGGCUGUUCUGCACAGCGAUGGGCGUAUCGUCUUUGCGUACAAAGAGAUUCCUUUAGACAUCAACGACAUCAGCACGGAAAAUCAUCCUGUCAAAGUGGGCUUGUCGGACGCUUUUGUGGUUCUUCAUGAGAUAGAGCAGAUCCCCAAUGUUCGUCGGAGAACAAUUUAUGAGUAUCACAAAGUCGACAUCCUCAAGUCCAAAAUCUCAAAUUCUACAGCUGUAGAGAUGCUACCUCUCCCCACGUGUCUCCAGUUCUCCAGCUGUGGUCCAUGUGUCACUUCUCAGAUUGGCUUCAACUGCAGCUGGUGCAGUCGGCUACAAAGAUGCUCCAGUGGCUUUGAUCGUAACCGGCAGGACUGGGUCGACCUCGGCUGCCCGGAGGAGAGAAAAGAUCCCAGAUGUCUCAAAAUGACAGACAUCGCAAACACCACAUCUCACCACCUCACACAUACGACCACUCCUGUCACGACCACAGUGCAGCAGAGGACCUCCAGUAUGACCUCCACCCCCCUGAGCAGGACAUCCGCUGUCACCAACCCCUCAACACGCAGCAACACAAGCAGAAUAAAAUCCACUUCACAGCUUCCCACCAGUAAACCUGCAGAAGAUGACACAAAGAUCUCUUUGCACAACAAUGAAACACCAGGAAAUGAGGAGACAACAGGAGCUAGUGAUGGGCGGCCGCAGACUGGUCUACUGGCGGGCAUCGUCAUGGUGAUGAUUAUCAUGGGAGCAGCCGUCCUUCUGUCUGUCUACAUGUAUAACAAUCCGACCUCCAGCGCCAGCCUCUUCUUCAUGGAGCGGCGGCCGACCCGCUGGCCAGUCAUGAAGUUCAGGCGGGGCUCUGGUUGCCCUUCCUAUGCUGAGGUGGAGACUCCCGGUCAGGACAAAGACACCAUGGUGGUCAUCGACCCCAAACAGUCCUUUGUCAUGUCGGACAGAAGAGAGAGCGAACAGAAAGAAGGAUUCAUAGUUCCUGAUCAGAGGGAGCGCUUCCUGGUGUCAGAGAGCUGA